UUUGGUUUUCCCCUUUCACCACCGAUCUGUGUCGCCGUGUCCCGAUUCCUCAGCAUCUUCCCUCCGUCGCAGCCUCUCCGUUGCUGAUCUUCAUAUCGCCGUAACAUUCACAGUGUACUCCCGUUGAUUCGAAACAUUCCGUGUUCUCUCUUCGUCUCUGCCAUCUUCACAACCUCGCGGUCGGCGUGUUCGAUUCAGUUUCGAGUCCAAUGGACCCGCAGACGCAGAACACUUCGUUGCAGCGACUCCAGAAUGUCGAGAAUGUGAAAAUUUCGGAGCACUCACUCUUUCCUUUGAGAAUUAUAUGGAAGGUUACAGAGUUAUUUGAUGUGAAUGUGUAUGCGUUUUCUGUGUUUUCGGCGCAGAGAGUUGUGAAGGUUUUGGAACUAGCUGGAGGAGUGAUGGAAGAACUCGCGAGCCCUUCUGGACCUAAGAAAGAGUUCGUUAACAGCCACUGCCGAGAGUUUAUGCAAUCUAUGAAGGAUAUUCAAGUGACACUAAGGGAGGAGAUCAAAAGCGCUUGCGAGUACCGUCCCUUUGAGAAAUGUGAUUACAACGCUAGAAUAGCUAAUGAGAUCUGCUUCCAGAAGCUUGAAUAUGUUCUCACGCAGCUUGAUGAUCUGAAACAAACUGCUGACCGGUAUCCUUCUUCUGGUUGAGAUUGCUACAAAAGAAACUUUACGCAGAUUUCUCGUGUUUGUCACCCGUUAUUGUGAUAUUGUUUCUAGAUCAGUUGUAGGUUAUCCCAUUAAAGUAUUGUAUGUCUGUUUUCUCUUGCGUAUGAGUGGUUUGCUGCACAAGUAAGAUCCUCCUACUUACUCCAUACGUAUUAGAUUUUGCGGAAAAAAAAAGAGAUUUAGGUGAAUUUAAUUUGGUUAGAACAUCCAUCUUCAAUGAAUCUUUUUUUUUUUUU